UUUUCCUCACUAUCCUCUGGCAGCCUCAAUCGCAAUCACCUGAUCACCUGUCAAAACAAUCAUCUCUCACACUAAACUUUCUAGCCGCUCUUCUUGGUGUUUUUGAGGGAAAAUGCCAUCAAAAAAGAACGCAAUGUGGAAAAUAACCUGCUGGGUGUGCAAGCAAUCGGUGGAGCAGAGCAACACUGCUUUGGCCAGCGAAGUGCACCCCUUUCGAAUUGAUAUUUGGGCGAACACCCACUGUCGACACGAGCGGGAACUUGGAAAUGUCGACUACCAGAGAAUCUGCCAAUCUUGCAUUAGAAAAUCCCUGUAAAUAUCAGAAUAUUUUGCUAAUUUUUCUAACUUUACCAGAAUUUUCAGGUCUCUUGGGUAUUUUGAUUUCAAAAGUGAAAUUCCGCAACCAGUCGCAAGAAGCAUGAUUAGCGAUGCUGUUAACUCAAGGCUUGAUGGCGUCUUGGACGGAAUCACUGGCGCCACAAUGGUAACACCGAGGAUUACCUGGCUAAGUGUCAGUGAUCUGAUGAAAUACGGAUCUGUUGGCCUGAAGGAGAGCGGUGCCUGGUUGAUGGAGUUUCGGCUGCCGCACCGUAACGUCAACUUCUGCCACCUGUGCUUCAGCAACAAGCUUAGAAGACACCCUUCCCCUAUUAUGUUAGAACGCAUUGAACCUGAGCUGGUUGGAGGGUUUUGCUGCGCAACAAUCCUGAGAUUCCUCGUUCGUCGCGCGACCUCUGUUUGGUGCAUUUAUCGAUUUGGAGCUGCUGGUUGGCGUUAUAACUUCAGAGAAGCUUUAGUGGGAACUGCUUCUCUUGUGGCAGGCUACGCUUGUGGCUCGCUUUUUGACAGAUUGACCCCUAGCAUUGUUGAUGAAUUCAUCUCGCCUCCAUACAGUUCAUCCAAAAUUAUCGCAGGAGCAUGUUACAUCGUGUGCAACAAUGUCGCCUCAGCUUUGGUUGGAGGAAUGGCAGGGAUGUGGAUGAGGAUCUGGCUGAAUCAAAAUGAAAAAAGAUUGAGGGCUCCACUUGGUUUUCUAACUCUUUAGGCAAGUUGCAAAUAAUAUAAACAAAAUAUUUCUUCUAUCUCUUUUGCACCAUCGUUCGCAGGCAAGUUCCCUUCCUUAUUCCUAUAUGACGUAAUCAAAAUUCAAACACGAUUCUUUUUACAGUUUCAUCGAAAGAGAAACGCAUCGCGGAAGAUCAGAAAAUUAAGAAAACCUUAAGGGACGACUGCCUAUUUAGAGUAAAAUCGUUGCGAUUAGAUAGCCUGAAAUAGAUACGUACAAUGAUUUUUUUAUCAUUCAAAUUCAAGACGAAACUGUCAAUUCAACUGCUAAAGAAGCGCGGGGAUUCAGGGUGUAAAUAAGGAAAAGAAGAAAUCACAUUACUAAAACCAUCGCACUCUCUUAUAAUUGAAUUUGUCAGUCUAA